AUGAAAGUACAUGUACAAUGCAGAGUGCAUGAGUACAUCGUUCAUGAUGAGAAUCCGCUUCAGCACCAGCAGAAGCUUUUACGUCUCAGAGUAGGGCUGAUCACUCAUACCGAUAGAAUAGAAGCCAGCAACCCACUUUCAAAUAUCAGUACCGUAUCUCCACAAGCCCUUCUGUCACUCUCCUGUUGCACCCGGCUUGCUGAGCUCCUUCAGCUGAGUCUUCAUGAUUACUCUCGGUACCGCAAAAGAACCUCCGAGCUUCUUCAAACCAGACCAGUGUCUUCUUUGACGCCUGAAAACACUACCACUGCUUCCAUUCACAGCACUUCUGAACCUACUAGCUACCUGGGUUCUGACCAAACAUGA